AUGUCACGAAUCGAUUUGAAAGGUUUUGGUGGAAGAUGUCUACCAAACGAUUUUGAUGAUUUUAAUUUUGAUGUUUUAUCGGAGGACGAUGAUUUGGAGGGCGAGCAACUGAAUGACAACAUUGAUGCAAUCAAUGAUGAAACUUUUGGAGUGGGUGUUGACGACGAUGUCUUGGAUGAUGACUUGGAACAAUAUUCAAAACAAACAGCGGGUUUACAGCUGGAAGAUGAAACGCCAAAAUGGUUUGAUGGACCCACUUGUUCAGUAUCCGCACCGCAUCCAUCUGAAUUACCAACACCUCCAUUUGGAUUUAAUGCAUUUCCCACAACAAAUGUAUCUGCGUCUCACUGCAAAAAUUUCGAGGAUUUCAAGAUGCAACUCGGGACGACUGAUACGCUAUGGAAAAAUGUUGAUUCUACAACAUCAUCGUUUGGUUGGAGUGGUUCAGAAUUUCCAACGCUUCAGCAUUCCUCUACAUAUGAUUUCAUAAAUAGAACAAUCCCAGAUCGGACCAAUUUGCUAAAGGAGAAGAAUAACAUAUCACCGAAAGGAUGUUCUAAUAAAAGUGAUGGAAUUCAUUUGCUGGCAGCAGUACCAAAGAGUGCUCUUACUGUUGAAGAAAUUGAAAGGAAUCAUAUCAUUAAUGCUUGUAAACCAACAGAUACAACAGCGCUACGUUUACCACCAGCAGGUGCCGUAACAUUAGCUGAGUUAGAAAGUCGACUUCUUAUGCAAUCAACAAGCCAUGUAGCAGCAUCUACUCCCAAUGUUGAUCGAUCUGCAAGUGUUUUACCACCAGACUCACAAAUUCCACCCACGAUCCCUCCUCCACCACCACCGCCACCACUUCAGUGCUUCCCCUUUCCAAUGUUACCUCCUUUCGCCAU